GAUGGGAGAAACACAAUAUGGCCUCACAAUCCUCACACAGGCUGGAGUUUCUGUGUCAUGUUUCCUUCCUGGAUUGUUCAAACUGAUCCUGGAGCAUCCCAUGACAGCUUCUUGAAUCCUAUAGUUGUAAUUUCUUCAUUUCCGUUCUCACCAUAAUUCUUGGAUACAUAUAAAACACUUAUAUUAACCAUUUUAUAAUAUUGACUUUCUGGGAGAGGAUGACGUAAGCAUAUCAUGUAGUGAUAGGAGACAUAAAUUAAUUCUCUUCAUCUAAAAGAUAAAAAUAUGUCGGAUUCAACAACUGUUUGCCGUAUUCUUCUUCAAGUUUUACGUUCUGGUUCUGUAAAUUUGCAUAAGGUGGUUUUAGCUCCAUGAAGAUAUAUGGCUUUGUUUGGAAUUAUGGAAAGUAAGUAGUUAAUGGUAAUUCAUGCUCAUUAAAAUGUGAUGAUUUGCUGAGUUUUCUUUAUUAACUUUAAAUUUUUGUUUGAGAAGAACUGGUCCUAAGGGAACAUCCUAGUUUGGUGUUUCGUGAUGGUAAAUUUUUUCAAAAUUUUAUAUUUUUCGCCAUCCGUUUCUAACUAAUGACAACCUUGUCAAUUUAGUGCUGACAUUAAAGGGGACCGAAUGAUCUGUGAUUUGAAGGUGGCAAUUUUGAUCCAAUUCACAAGGAUUAUAUGAUGGAUUACAUAUUAUGAGAGCUUUGCCACAUAAACUACUGGCAUUGAGGAUUUGCAGAUUGGUUAUUACCAUUGGGCAACCUAGAAUUUCAUAUCAUUGAACUGCCUACUGUGGUUGUAUAUGCUAAAAGAAUGAUGGGUUUUAUUUCAGUUUUACAGGAUUCAUAUUGGUAUACAAUCUCCAGAAGGGGUUAGCACCAGUCACGGAGUACUUAGACGAUUCAGUGACUUCUUGAAAUUAUAUUCUGCUCUUAAUAAGGCAUUUCCGAAAAAGGAUAUUCCUCCAGCCCCACCAAAGCAUGCUUUCUUGAGAAUAAAUUCCAGUCGGAUGCUCUUAGAAGAGAGGAGGCAUGCUUUGGAGGAAUGGAUGGGAAAGCUACUUUGUGACAUUGACCUAUCUAGAAGUGCUCCGGUGGCAAGUUUUCUUGAGCUAGAAGCUGCUGCAAGGUCAUCGUUUAGGGAUGCGAAUCAUGAUCCUUUGGAAACAAGUUCUUCAGGUGAUGCUAUCUCCUUGGCCUCUUCAAUUCCACUUAGACCUAGUUCAGGUGCUUCUAUUGCUGAUGGUGCAAAAGUUGCAUCUAAGUCUCACUCUGUUGCUUCAGACAUUGAUAGUGAUAUAUAUGAAGCAUCAGACCUGGGAACCCCAAGGCAAGGAAACGUUCAAAUUUCUUCCACUAGAACAGAAAAUCUGGCAAUGACUCAUGAUUUAACUGUUCCAAGAGGGGCAAUUGGUAAUGGCAUCAUUGGAGAAUCAAUCCUGGAUAAGUCAGAAGAGCUUCUUACAAGUAGGUUGCACCGCAAAAGAGAGAACCUUGUUUUAGAGAGGGAUAGUUCUGGGGGAACUUCACAGGAAAUAUUUCUUUCCAGGGACAGACUAGAGUCCACUUCAGAACAGGAUCAUGAUAAGUUUUAUGGUCAUACUAGAAAACUCUCUGCUGAAAGUACUGGAAGUGACAUAAGUUCUAUACGAGGUAGUGAAUUAUCAUUUCCUGGGAUGACUAAUUUGAUUUGGGAUGGCUCUAUUGAUCUUCCUAGUAGCUCUGAAGCUCAGAAUGCAAUGGAAGCUCUAUCUGGCUUGGAGACACAUAUUCAAAAUGAUGCACAAAUUUUCCUUCCACUUGAUCAACGAUAUAAAUUGAAUAGAGUUCUUGUCACCAUGCAAAGAAGAUUAGGGACAGCAAAAUCAGAUAUGGAAAAUCUUAUAGCUCGACUGAAUCAAGAAAUGGCUGUGAAUGGAUACCUUAUAACAAAGGUCAAGGAUUUAGAGGUGGAACUGGAAGUGACUAAGCAGAAAGGUAAAGAAAACUUGCAACAAGCCAUUUUAGUUGAAAGAGAAAGAGUAACACAAAUGCAAUGGGAUAUGGAUGAAUGUCGCAGGAAGUACUCAGAGAUCGAGUCUAGACUUAAGAUUGAGCAACAGAAUGAAAAAACUUGUGCAGAGUCAGAAAAAACAACUGCUGAUGGUGAGAAAGCAUUAUUGCUGCAGGAAUUAGAUACUAAACGAGAAGUAUUAGGGACUAUGCAGAAGCACCUAGAAGAACUAGAAAUGAAGUCAAAAGCAGAUAUCAAAGUUCUUGUCAGAGAGGUGAAAUUUCUCAGGAGUUCUCAAGCAGAGUUAAAGCAAAAGCUAAAUCAAUCUCUAAGAGAAAAGACUGAAUUAGAGAGAGUUGUUCAUAAGGAAAAGCAAAGGUGGGCACAUGCGGAAUCAGCAAGGAAAAAACUUCUUAAUGAAUGUGGGGUUCUUCGUGAUCGACUUCAAGAGUGCAAUGUUAAUUUUCUUUCAGAAUCGGAAGACAGGUUCACUAUUGAUCCUUCAUCCCUAUCCGGUGCUCUAGAUCUUCUGGCAACUUCAGAUAAUAGAAUUGAUGGUCUUCUUGCGGAGGCACAACUCCUUGCACGGGAUGAGGAACAGACGGUUUCAGAUAUGGAUGAGGCUCAAAGUGGUGAAUCCUCUGAAAAUCUAAUUGCUACAAACGGUGAAAAUCCAAUUAAUGGAGAUGAUGAGAUAAGAAAAAUGUUGACUGAUAUGUUUAUAGAUAAUGCAAGACUGAGGAAACAGGUUAAUUCUGUUAUCCGUUGCACCUUCAAUACAGUUGUUAAGCCUGAGAGGGAAGAUAUCGACGAAGUUCCUUCCAGGAGGACUGUUCUCAACCGGUUCUUAGACAGAUGAAAUGAGGCUACUGUAAAUUCUCUUGAAUGCUUGUUUCAUAAUUUGGUGAUCCACAUCCACAUUCUAUGGAGGGAUAUCUAAUCAUCUACAUCCUGAGUACAAUAGUUUCCUUUCAUGUUGUUGUAAACAUAAUUUCGUCUAUAGGAAAAAAAUAAAUUAAUGAAAUUUGGCUUCUCAAGUGGUUCAGCA